AUGCUGCAAAAUUUCAAAAACAAACAAUCCAAUGCACAUAUCACCAUUGGAGGAAUUACCUUUCACAAACAACAAUUGAUACAUCAAGUAACAUUUAGUCACAAAACUUCUUGUGAUGUUUCGAGAUAUAGAAGGUUCGAUAAGAGAAAACCUAACACUAUCUCACAACAAUCAAACUCCCUCUCAUGGCAACUCUAUUCUCUACUGACUUCUCAAGAACAAAUUGAAAAACCAGAAGCAAAUCAGACUCUCAAUUCCGAAUAUUUAAGCAUUGGUGAUUAUGUUCUCCAAUUAGAUGAAAACAAUUAUGUCUUCAUCUGCCAAAUUAAGCAAAUCAAACAGUGGACAAAAAGGACUAAGAAGAACAAAACCUUUGUGGCUGAAUGGCUGUUUGCUGCGGCUGCAGGUUUGAAUGGGCCCUCACUCGAAUAG